AAUUGGCUAUCUGACCUUUCACCCCAAUAUGGCGCCGCGGGAAAUAUAUUUUCUUUCGAAAUCUACUAUUUUGCCGUAAUCUCUGUCUCUGUCGCAGCCCCUACGGACAAUGUUACGUCUUUUACACAGAACUUGGACAACAAAGCAUUCUAAGCGCAUUCAGAAUGUCAUUGCGUCUAGGAGAUACCAUUUCAAGACUGGUUAUUCGGCGGAACUGACGAAGACAUUCACUGCAGACGACGUUUUGACAUUCGCGUCUCUGUGUGGGGACAAGAACCCGCUUCAUCUAGACGAGGAGUACGCAAAAACAACCCGCUUUGGGCGCUGUAUCGUCCAUGGGGUUCUCAUCAACGGGUUGAUAUCUGCAGUACUGGGGACCAAACUUCCAGGACCAGGGGCAAUAUUCGUGUCUCAGGACAUCAAGUUUCCAGCUCCAUUGUAUGUGAAUGAGUCUGUGACUGCAGCUGUGGAAAUCCUGGACAUAAGGAAGAGUAUAGUGGUGUGUUCAACAACAUGUACAGCAACAGACACCAAGAAGGUGGUCAUGUCAGGCAAAGUAUUCUUGAUGGUCCCCAAGGAUGGACAAAAAGGAACAUGAGGCAGACAAAAUUGUUACAGUUAAUUUAUUGCAGGAAGACACAAUAGACAGGAAAACAGACACUAGCAGUAAUUUACAAUUAUAGCAAGAUUUUUGAAGAUGAAUUAAAUGUACAAACUGCAAGAAUGGUUGCUUAACUUGCUAUAUUAUCUAGUAGUAUCUAGAAAAUAUACCAGUAAAAGUUAGUCCUAAGGAAAUCAAAGUACAUGUAAUUUUUUUCUGACAUAAGACAUUUUUUGGAACAGCAUGGAGAAAACAAGGCCUAGAAGAAAUGGUUACUGACUGCAGUAUGGCCACAGCAAGUAAAUUUUAUGGAUGACAUCAUUUGCAGUCUUCAAAUCUAGUGCGAGAGGGAGAAAAAAAACCUGGGUCAACGUAAACAAGAUGGCUGAAUUUUUAAAAUAGAGACCAUUAAAAACAACUGAAGCAAGAAUAUAUGGUACCACAGCCAACAAGUCUUUUUUUCCUGUAUUUAAGAGGUGCAGAAAGUAACAUAAGUGUGGUAGCCUAGUGUCACUUCUGGGACAUAGAACAGUUAGAAUUUUAAAACAAAUUUUCCCAGUUUUGGUAUUCAUCUUGUCUCAUUACCGGAAAACAUAAUUUUUUUUUUACUCAAAAUCUGACAAAAAAAUGUGGGCAUGGAUGUCAUCCAUAAAAUUUACUUGUUGUGGCCUAAACAAGGAAAACAUUGCUACAUGUCAAGGAAGUGUGCCUGGCACCCAACAUUCUCUAUUAAUAAAAUCUUUUUGUGACAAA